AUGGCCGAUAUUCGCAGGAAGCUCGUUAUUGUCGGAGAUGGUGCUUGCGGAAAGACAUGUUUGCUCAUUGUCUUCUCCAAGGGUACCUUCCCUGAGCACAUGUUUCGCACACCAGAACAUAAAGUCGCUAACGCAUAUCACCAGGUCUACGUCCCUACUGUCUUCGAGAACUACGUUGCGGAUGUUGAGGUCGACGGUAAACGCGUAGAGUUGGCGCUGUGGGAUACUGCUGGUCAGGAAGACUACGAUCGCCUUCGUCCCCUUUCCUACCCCGACUCGCACGUCAUCCUUAUCUGCUUCGCUGUCGAUUCGCCUGAUUCGCUUGACAACGUGCAGGAGAAGUGGAUUUCUGAGGUCUUGCACUUCUGCCCACGCUUGCCCAUCAUCCUCGUCGCCUGUAAGAAGGAUCUCCGAUUCGACCCCAAAACUAUCGACGAGCUUCGCAAGACUUCUCAGAGCCCGGUGACGCCAGAGGAGGGUGAGGCUGUUGCGCAGAAGAUUGGUGCCGACAAGUACCUCGAGUGUUCCGCCAAGUUGAACGACGGUGUCCGUGAAGUCUUUGAGCACGCCACGAGGGCUGCUCUCUCCCAGAGGCAAAAGAAGAACAAGAAGUGCACCGUCUUGUAA